AUGAUACCCAGCAAUCGUGGUAUUUUACCAUCACAAUCAAGAUGCUACAGUACAACAUCUAAUUUUUGCCCGCAGCAGUCAUACUGGCCUUCAGCUGCACCUGUGGUACCCAGUAACCGGUCAUCAGUAAAUACAGUUAUUCCUUCAUGUUCAGCUGCUAGCACCACUACAGACCUCUUGAAUCUUUUACAUGCAGUGUUCCUCAAUAACCCGAUUAUGAAUAAUGAACCGAGAUCUCUGAGCAGUGGACAGCACCAUUGGUCAACAUUACCAGGAGUGUGUAGUAGUGACACAACUCCUAUUGCUAGCUGCACUUCAAAUACGACAAGCAAUAACUAUCAGUGUAAUAUUAAUUUAAAAGGUAACAGUGGUAAUAAUUAUAAUGGUAACUUCAGUAAUUAUUCUGAGCUUGAGAUCGGUGCAGAUAUUGAUUAUACCGGUGGUUUUUUCGACAAUUCAAGUAGCACAUUGCCUGCUUUUGCACAAGAAAUGCCAUCUUAUAUUGAACGGCAGCACUUGAGCUUUGCAUCUGAAAGUGAUGUGCCUGCGGAAUUUGCUUCGCUGACUAACGAUUUGGUAGACUUUGCUUGUCAGUACCGCUGGCCAACAGCAACUCAACAACACAAAAGUGCAUUACAGUUCUGUUGCUGUUCGCCAAAACAGCGGUCGUCUUAUCACCAUAGCGGCACCUGUAAUUCUUCUUUAAGAAAUAUGGAACAGAAAGCGGAAUGCUCACUUACUCGUCCAAGAAUGCCUUUAGUAGCUCCAGUUCGAUUGUCACCUCGUAAUGUGCCACUGACAUUGUUUUUCACUAAUAAAUACGUCUUCAGUAAUCAUUAUUUGUGUGAACGAUUGUGCAUUGAUGGAAUGAAUUUUGUUUGCACAGAACAAUACUACAUGUAUUGGAAAGCUAAAUUGUUCAAAGAUGAAGAUACAGCGAUGGCGAUAAUGGCAAGUCGUGAUCCAAAGCAAAUGAAAAUGCUAGGCACAAAAUAUGAGCAGAAUAAAGAUCUUCGAAAAGCACUGUUUCGUACAAUGUACACAGUUUUGGUUGAAUGUAAUCCCCGAGAUCAACGAUGGGGUAUUGGAUUGGGGAUGGACGAACCAGACGCUUGUGAUCCGCAGCGGUGGAGAGGUUUGAAUUUGUUGGGUAGGCUACUGACUCGAAUUCGUGAUCGCAUGGCCGAAAAUGUCAUUUAUAGAAAUGAGGUUAUUGAAGCUCAGUCGAUUAUACACUUCAGGGGUUUACUGGGCGGAACAGAGUAA